AUGAGUCACAGUUUAUUUGCUAGUUUGGACAGACUUUUACUAGAGUUUGUUUUCCAGUAUGAGCAAGACAUAAGGGCUAAAGAAGAUAUUAUUCAAAGAGCGAAUAAAUGCUUUGAAGACAUUAAAGAAACCAAAGUGACUAUUUGUAAGAUACAUGAAACUAUAAAUAAAACAGAUGAGGAGAUUGAUCAUUAUUAUAAACAUAGUAAUGAGAUCAAAGACAACUGUAGUAACUGGAAGCCAACAUGUGAUGUUUUCCGUAAACAUGAAGAUUAUAUGCAGGACCAAUUUACUCUAUAUCAAGAAACUAUUGAAAAAGACAAAAAAAGGUAUCAUGAUUAUGUAUGCCAGUAUAAAGAUGUUUUGAAGCAAUACCAACUAAAAUACUUGGAAACACCCUUUUCACAUGAAUAUUAUGAGAAGAAAAAAGAACAUGAAGAAAUUCAAAAGAGAGUUUUGGCAUGUACUGAACAACUAAAAAUGAAUGAAACCAUUUUUAUGAAAUUUCUAGUGCCUGCUCCCUUUCCAUCAGUUACUAAAUGGACAUUACACAUGGUAAAUCUGAGAUGUAAAACACAAGAUGUUCUUAAACAUGCUAACAAUUUUACCAAAAGUUCAUCUGAAUUGAAGAAAGAAGUAGAUGAAAAGGAAAUAGAAAUAAAUUAUUUAAACCAGCAGCUUGCAAGACUUUAUGAAAAUAAGAAUCUUUCAGAAACUCUGGAAGAAAAGAACAAAAAUAUAGAAAAGAGAAAAGAAUUGAAAGAAAGAAUUUUUGAUACAGAUGAACAUUUACUUGCACUGAAUAAAACCUCUCAAAGCAGUCAAUUAUUUCUACCUUAUGAAUCUCAAAAAUUAGUAAGAUCAUUAAAGAUACAUUCUUCAGAAUCAAGAGUUACAGAUAAAAAAGAAGAAAGUUCUGCAAAGCAGUUAAAACUUGAUAAUAUUGACUUCAGACAAAAAGAUGAUACACAGAUAUUUAAUGACUCUUCUGUGAAUAGCCAUUCAAAAUGUUCACAAGUUACAGCUAAAAAAGGUUCACAAAAUUUUAUGCAAUUCAGGUUGUUGACCUCCCAGAAACAAUUAAAUUGCAAUCAGUGGUUUGAAAAAGGAGAUACAGAUGCUGAGUAUGGAGAGAAAGGGACAGUAAGACAGUUAAGAGAAUCAAAAUGUACUUCACAAGCUGGGUAUACAGAACAUAUUGGGAAGCCAACAGAAAAUAAUAGUGAUGAAAUAGAAGAAAGGACUGAUAAUUUUCCACCAACUCCUGAAAUUCCUCUAUUUUUAACAACUCCUGAACCUGUGAAAACACCUGAAUCUUUAAAAAAGCUACAACUCCCCAAAACCCCCUUAUUUGAAAGUAACAGAAAUAGAAAUGCAGUACCUGAGGUUCAAACACAAAAGGAAUCCCCUGGAUUUUCUUUUCUUAUGAGUUAUACUUCUAGAUCACCUGGAUUGAAUUUAUUUGAUUCUUCUAUAUUUGAAACAGAAGUCUCAUCAGAUCAGUUUAGUGAACAUUCUGCAGAAAAUCUAAAUCCUCUGUCAUCACAAGAAAUUGGAAACUUAUUUGAGAAACCAGAAGGAGAAGAUACAUUUACAUUUUCAUUUCCAUCAGUCACUUCGACUCAUACAUUUGGAGCUGGAAAAGAUGAUUUUAGUUUUCCAUUUUCAUUUGAACAGGAUGAAAAUUCGAUACCUUCUUCUUUAAAAGGUUUUUCAUCUUCCUCACAAAAUACAACCCAGUUUACUUUUUUUUGA